GACGCCCCAUUUCAAGCUUUGUGGCCCCCGGUGACCCGGAGCACCCUCCGCUGUCUUCUGUGCACCCAAGGAUCUCCCAGAUGUAGAGGGAGUUGACCUUUGCAGCUGCUGUCUACACAACCCUCGUGGUGUCCACUGAAGUUGCCCAUCAUGCGCGAGUACAAGCUGGUGGUGCUGGGUUCAGGAGGCGUGGGGAAAUCCGCACUGACAGUCCAGUUUGUGCAAGGAAUUUUUGUGGAAAAGUACGACCCGACAAUAGAAGACUCCUACAGAAAGCAAGUGGAAGUUGACGGGCAGCAAUGCAUGCUGGAGAUCUUGGACACGGCCGGAACAGAGCAGUUCACAGCCAUGAGGGACCUUUACAUGAAGAACGGGCAGGGUUUCGCUCUGGUCUACUCCAUCACCGCGCAGUCGACGUUUAAUGACCUGCAGGACCUCCGGGAGCAAAUCCUGCGAGUGAAAGACACCGAGGACGUCCCCAUGAUCCUGGUGGGGAAUAAGUGCGACCUGGAGGGCGAGCGCGUGGUGGGCAAGGAGCAGGGUCAGAACUUGGCCCGUCAGUGGAGCAACUGUGCCUUUUUAGAGACGUCGGCCAAAUCAAAGAUCAACGUGAAUGAAAUUUUCUACGACCUGGUGCGACAAAUCAACAGAAAAACACCCAUGGAAAAGAAGCCCAAAAAGAAGGGCGGCUGCACUCUGCUCUAAACGGCCCCUGGCAUGCACGCCUUCACAAAGUCGGGGCUCCAGACCAGAACUGUCGACGUUCCGUCUUCUCUGAAAGCUGAAAGACUGCAGGAGUCACCACCACCUGUUUGGAAAUCCUGUUUGUUUGCUUGUUUGUUUGUUUGUUUUAAUGGACUAAGUUGAUUCAUGGAUGUUUUUUGGUGAAUACGAAAAGAGCCAUGCUUCCGAUAUAAAGUGUUCUUUUGAAGUCCAUCUAAUUAAGUGUUGGCCUUUUUGCAUUUAUGAACUAACAGUGGCAAUGACAAUGCAUCAUUGUUCUUGACUUACUCUCCCACUUUGAUAAUAAUAUAUUUCGCGAGUGACUUGGUUUUAUAAUGAGCUGCAAGCCUUACACGUCAUAUACUCAACUUCUGUUUUGCAUAAUAAAGCUGAGCUGAUGUUAAAUUUUUAUAGACUGAUGGGAGGGGGGGUCCAUUUUUUUUUUUUUUUUGCCCUGAAGAUGAAAACGCAUUGUACUAAAUCACUUCAAAGAUUGUCCUGUUUGUCUUUUGCAAAUAUUAAAAUUACGUACAUUUUAA